GUGGCGAGAGCAUUCUACUUCCCGUUCAGUCGGUUUCCGGUCUCCAGUCAGUGUCGCCUGCUUCUGCCUGCACCAACAUGGCCGCCAGGAUUUACCUACAGAGUGACUGGGCUCACAGCUUGAGGAAGGUGGAAGGAGAGGCGUGGGUGUCGUGUAAGAUCCCAGGGAAGCCCACGGUCUACGGCACCCUGAAGUGUGGAGGGAUCGGCCCAGGUGGGAUCCCGGAAAUCACAUCUUCGGAGGAGUUUUCGGUCCUUGAAGUCACUAAGAAGAGUCUCCUCGUCUCCUGUCCUGCCGAGAACAUCUCCAGUAAAUUUCUGGCUCCUUACACCAGCUUCUCAAGAGUCCACCAGAAAAGUGUCACAUGUCUUGAUCUUUCCUGUGGGGGGGGACUCGGCGUCUCCACCAGUACAGAUGGCUCGAUGAAGAUCUGGCAGACCAAUAAUGGAGAGACACGAAGAGUCCUAGAAGGUCACGUCUAUGACGUCAAUUGCUGCAUGUUCUUCCCUUCUGGUAUGGUGGUCCUAAGUGGUGGCAUGGACGCACAGGUGAAGAUCUGGUCUGUGGAGGAUGCCAGCUGCCCGGUCACCUUUAAAGGACAUAAAGCAGGUAUCCUGGAUUUGGCCGUGGUCGAUCGGGGAAGAAACGUUGCGUCCUGUUCCAGAGAUGGUACGGCCAGAUUAUGGGACUGCGGUAAAUCCACGUGCCUUGCCGUUGUGGCGGACUGCGGGGCCGCCAUUAACGGGAUCUCCGUCGGUGUUGCUGAUAACACCAUAGACCUGGGAACUCCAGAAACUCCCCCGAGUGACCGGGAAAUAGGAACUGAAGGAAAGUUACUGCUGCUGGCGAGAGAGGAUAAGAAGCUGGAGGGCGUGAGUCUGCAGAGCCGCCAAUCCGUCUUCACCUUUGACGGCUCCGAUUCCUUUAAUUGCUGCACUUUCCUCUUCGGCGUGAACAUCUUAGGAGGGAGUCAGGACGGUAACAUCUACCAGCUGGACCUCAGGAACACAAAAGUCCCUGUGCAGGUCGUGUCCAAGUCAGGGGCACCGGUUCUAUCGCUGGCGCCGUUCAGGGAAGGUUUCAUCGCCAGUCAAGGGGACGGGACGUGCUUCAUCCUCCAGCAGGAUCUAGAUCAUGUUCUGGAGCUGACGGAACCAGACUGUGACCCCGUGUACAAGGUCGCAGUCUCUGAGAAGUUUGCCUAUACUUGCUGCAGGGACGGGAUUAUCCGCAAAUACCAGCUGACCGAUCUCUGAGGAGCGUGUACUGGGAGCACUGGUCAGUCGGACCUGCCUGUGGACAUUGAGAGAGUGAAAUGGCUUAUUGGAUGCAGUCGGAGUGCUGCUUUAUGUUAUCAGAGCCGCGCAUACAUCGCUCGGCCUGGGCGCUGCCUUCAGAUGGGUGUUCCCACAUUAUAAUACCGCCAGAUUGUGCCAUCGCUGUAUGGUCUGUGGAGGGCCAGCCUCUUGGCCUCCCACUGUUUGAGAGUGGAGGGGUCACCAAGCUGUGCAUCCCAUCUAGGGUAUAUCCUCAUGAAACUGACACACUGUGACAAAUCUGCAGCUCGUUACCGUGCCAGCAAAGUGGAUGAGAUUUUAAGAAAUC